AUGUCAUCCUCAAAUUCAUCUGGUGGAGGAGGACCACCUUCAUCACGAUAUAAUAACGACUAUCUAGAUUAUGGCAAACAACGAAGGAAAAAUUUUUAUUCGUCAAACUUAACGUCAUCAACAUCUCCAACAACGUCGUCAACCAACCUAAAUUCAAAUACACAUAUAUCAUCUAACACCGUGCCAGGACUAUCGCGACGAGACUUCAAAAAUAAUGGUUCGGGCUCCAGUUCUAUACCACAUCUGAAGGAUUCAAAUUCAAUACCGACAACCUCAAGAAAUGGUUCAUAUUCAUCAUCUUCACAUUAUAGUAACUAUGGAAAUUAUCAUGAUUAUUAUUCUGGACAUGGACGUAACGAUACAUGGAGAAAAUCAAGUAGUGGAGCUGGAGACUCCCGUUUGACUGCAUCUAAUUCCUCUAAUGCACCAGGAUCAGGUCCAGGUCCAGGUUCAGGUUCUUCCUCUUCAUCAUCAUCGUCAUCUUAUCAACAAUACAGACCAAAUGGAGAUUAUCGAAUAAAAGAUCGUUAUGAUUCAUACACUGGUCAUGAUGGAUCCAUCAAUACAAGUAAAUGGAAAAUGAGUCGAAGUUCUGUGGGUUCACGAUAUUCUGCAAAAGAUAGAAUGCGUGGCAAACAAUCGUCGUUUACUUCUGGAAGUAACAGUAUACCUUUAGGAUCUUCUUCAUUAGUUAAUAGUACUAAUUAUCGAAGUACGAGUGGUGGUGGUAGUGGCGGAGAUUCAUAUUAUGGAAGUGGUAGAAGUAAUGGGUACAGUUCGUCGAUGAAUUCAAUGUAUUCCAACCCAAAAGCUGUGGACAGAUAUUCAUCUUUACUGAAAAAUGGAGGUUAUUCAAAACCAAGAGAUUAUAAAUAUAGAUACGUGAAUAAGGAUUAUAACCGAAGUACUUUGAUUACACCUGUUGAUAAGGAAUUGAAGAAAGAAUAUGAAGAUAGAGAGUCACCUACACCAAGAGAUGAGGAUGAAGAAGAGGAAGAAGAAGAUGAGGAGGAGGCCGAGGAAGAACAAGAAGAGACUAACGAUAGUAUACAAACUAUUGAAACCAAGGACAAAGCUGAGAAUAAAUUGGAAUCAGAUAAAACUGAAAUAGUUAAACCUGUGUUGGAGAAUGGAUUGGAAUCAAAAGAAAUUAAAGCCGAAACUGAACCUGAAACUAAAGCAGAGAUAAAGCCUGAAACGAAACCCAUAGAACAAUUGAAUGAGUCAGUGGAAAAGCCAACUUUAGAGGUAACGGUUGGGUAUAAACCAACACCAGAAAUGAUUGAGAAAGCAACAUUAGAAGCAGCAACGCAACUUUGCAGGUAUCCAUUAACAAAGAUAGAAUACGAGUUCGAAGAGUUGAAGAAAAAGUUUACACAAGAAACUAAACAUCACGAAAGUGGUGCCAAUUAUUUGAAGUAUUCACUUGCUCGACCGAUUGUUGAUUUUAAUGAAUUCCCCUUUUUUUCAAACAAUUAUCAAAGUUUCAUUAAGUCAAAAGAUAGUCUAAUUGAAUCAUUUCAAAAGAAGCAUAAUGUAAUUAAUAAAAAGAAAAAGAGUUUGUGGAAAGAUUAUAAACAGGGAUUAGAAGUAUGGGAGACUGAACAAUUAAAAAUGGAUCAACAACUACGUGUUUUACACCCACCAAACGACGAAAUGAGGCGUGAGAUAGAUUCAAGUGAUAAUCGGAAGCAAUACCAACAGCAACAACAGCAGCUACAACAACAACAGCAGCAGCAGCAACAGAAUCAACAACAACAACAAUUUAAUGAUUCUAAUUCAGGAGAUAACAUUCAUUUUUCUACUCGUCGUAAUAGAAGACAUGGUGACUUGGUGACUACAGAGGCCGAAUUUCAAGAAAUUUUAUUAUCAUUGGGUCAAGAGGAUGAUGAGAAUCCAUUAGUUAAAGCUGAAAGAGUUGCCGCCAAGAUUCCAGAUAUGAUCUUGGACCCUGUUAAACGUGAUAAAGUAUUAUUUAUGGACUCAAACAAUAUUGUAAGAGAUAAAAAUGAAUGGGCACAACGAGUAAAACAUGACUUCAUGAAUAACUUUUCUGAAAGAGAACAUGAAUUGUUUUGUGAAGGGUUUUGUUUACAUCCUAAACGUUUUGGUGCUAUUGCCAGACAUAUGGGUGGUUUGAGAAGUGCAUCUGAAUGUGUUGUUCAUUAUUAUAUGACAAAGAAAAAAGUUAAUUACAAGGAAUUAUUAAUUAAGUCGAGAAAGAAAUCAAAACCUCGGAGAAAGCAGAAAGCCGCUGCGUCCAAAAAAGAAGCUGUACCGGUAAGUACCACUGUUGAGUCUGGUGAAACCGAAAUAGAAUUACCUCCAUCUAGUAUUGUUCCAGUGGAACAGUUAGUUUCAGAAGAAUUGUACACUGAAACAGGUCGUAGAAAGCGUGCUGCAGCUCCUGUUUUUGAUGGGAAAGAAAAGGAAAAAGAGAAAAAGAAACAAAGAAAAGAUGGAACAAAUAUUGUUGUUGUUAAUGAGCCAACUUCUGUCAAUACAGCUGGUGGUACUGCUAUUGCUACUGCCACCACCGCCAAUACCACCACCACGACUACUACACCUACUAUUGAUAAUACACCAACUGCAACAACUGUGAUAACUACCCCUAAUCUUGCUCCUAAUGUUAAUCCUGCUCUUGCUCAUGUGAAUAAUACAAAUAUUAUAAAUGAUUCGAAUUCAGCUGUUACUAUGAAUAUUCCCGUUGCUGGUAGCGCCGUAAGUUCUAGUGAAAUCCCUGUUCCAACUACAACCACUGAGGAAAACAAAGAUAACAAACGUAAAGUGAUUUCAAGUUAUUGGAGUAUUACUGAAGCUAAUGCAUUUCCUAAAUUAUUAGAAGAAUUUGGAAUGAAUUGGGGAUUGAUUUCAGAUAAAUUGGCCACAAAAUCAACAACCAUGGUUCGUAAUUAUUUCCAACGUAAUGCAGAAAAAAAUGGUUGGGAUGCUAUUGUUGCUAAUCAGAAAAGUUCGAAAAUGUCAAUCAUGAGUUUGUUAAAUUAG